AUGGCCUCCCUCGAAUCUCAGCUCGCUUACGAGCCCCAAGUCCUCAAAUUUGGGACUAGCGGUCGCCGCGGCCUGAUCAUUCACUUGACCCAGCUGGAAAUCUACACCAAUGUCACUGGCGAACUUCGGUACCUCCAAGCCCUUCCUCCUUCCCAAGGCGGCGUUCGAAAAGGCGACGAUUUCUACUACGCCUACGAUCUGCGCCCUAGCUCAAUCAACUAUGUCGAGAACAACCGGGGUGGCCUGUGUCAGGCAGUUGAAAAGGCAUUGAAAGAUGCGGGUAUGAACCCUAUCAAUCUGGGCGCCAUCCCCACCCCAGCUCUUACCUACUAUGCGCUGCAGAAGGGCAAGGGCAGCAUCAUGGUGACCGGCAGCCACAUCCCAUUCGAUCGCAACGGCUACAAACUGAACACAUCUUUGGGUGAGCUGCUGAAGAAGGACGAGCAGCCGAUCAAUGAAUCGGUUGCCGUUGCCCGCAAGGAGCUGCUUGCGCAGCCCUUUGCUGAAUCGCUUUUCGACAACCAAGGCAUGCUGAAGAGUCGCGAGACUGCCCUUGAGCCAGUCAUUGAUGAUGGAAAAACCGCCUACUUCCAACGGUACAUUGAUUUCUUCAAGGGUGAAACUCUGCAAGGUUUCAAGUUGCUGGUCUACCAGCACUCUGCCGUUGGUCGCGACUUCAUAGUCGAACUUUUCAAGGCCCUUGGCGCCGACGUUCUCCCUAUUGGCCGCAGCGACACCUUCGUCCCUAUCGACACAGAAGCCAUUGAUCAGGCCCAACUGGACACUCUCCAGGCUCUUUACGAUGGCACCGGCCAGUCUUUCGAUGCCAUCCUUUCGACGGACGGAGACAGUGACCGCCCCCUGCUUGUUGCGCCUGACAAUGGCAAACUGCGAUUCUUCAGUGGUGACUUGCUCGGCAUGGUUGUUGCCGAGUUCCUGGGCUCAGAUGCCGUUGUCGUCCCCAUCUCUACCAACGAUGCUAUUGACAUUGGCCCUCUUGCAAACUUCACGGAGCCGAAGACGAAAAUCGGUAGCCCCUACGUGAUCGCUGGUAUGCAAAAUUCCGUGGCGAAGGGUCGCUCACGUGUCUUGGGGUGGGAGGCCAAUGGUGGGUUUUUGACCGGCUCCGAUAUUGAGUACGACGGCAAGGUUCUGCCAGCCCUCCCCACCCGCGAUGCUGUCCUUCCUCUUCUCUCGGUCCUGUUUGCUUCUCGCAAGCAGAACGUUUCCAUUCCAGCUUUAUUCAAUAAGCUUCCUGCUCGCUUCAGCCGCGCUGCGGUUAUCCGUAACUUCCCUCGCGCAAACAGCUUGAAGAUCGUCGCUCGCUUCUCUCCCACGGAGAUCAAGGGCAUCUACGAGUUGAGCUACGAAGGCGACAAACGGACCAACCGUUUCGUAGAUGGUGAUAAGGUGGCUGAGGUUGACUCUGCGCAUACCAAGGCGGUUGACGACAUUCGUGCUGGUUUGCAGAGCGUCUUCACAUCCGAGCGGGGAUUUGGGUCCAUCAUUCGAUUGAACUAUACUGAUGGAGUUCGUGCUAUCUUCGACAACGGCGAUGUUGCUCACAUCCGACCAUCUGGCAACGCUGACGAGUUGCGAAUCUACUCUGUCGCUAAUAGCCAGGCACGCGCUGAUGAGAUCUGCGACCUGGGCAUUCAAGAGCCCAAUGGGCUACUCAGGCAACUGGCGAAGUUGGUUUAG